CGACGCACGGCUACCAGGAGUUUGGCUAUAAUAUAGGAGGUGGGAGUUUUGAACAAGUUGUGUAUAACGUGACUGAUGCUUCACAACCUCUCAAUUAUUUCCACAAGACAAGUGAAAAUUUUAUACACGAAUAUAAUAUCAAGGCAUUCACGUUCCAAACAACAGGUGAUGCCAAUACAGUGCUGAAAUGUCCCCCAAAGACAACAUUAGUCGGUGACUUGUGCUAUGGUCUCGCAUACCACUGUAUCUCCUACACGGCAGCUUUGAACCAUUGCAAACAGCAGGGGGCUCAGCUAGGAGUCAUGAACCACCACAUAUUAAGAGAGCUAGAUGCCUCAGAAAAUGUUGGGUCAUGGGAGACAAACAACAACAUGGAAUUCUGGGUAGGUGUUCAAAUAAAUGACACAUCCUUGGAGCUGGCCAAUGGCAGCACUAUAACGGAGAGUAAUCUAGCAGAGUUUCUGAAUGUCACAUCAACCCUUCCAGAUAGCACAAGUGGGAUGUGUUACACAAUUACUUUAGAAAAUAUCAUCGAGAUUAGAGACUGCAACGAGAAUAAUUACUAUUUCUGUCAGGCAGAAAAGGGUUACUAUGACGACAUAUCCUUUUUAAAUAUCACAUAUACAUGGGGAUCCCGUGGUCAAUGCACAAAACAUACAACAACUAGUGCACCAAUUACAACAACUACUACUGAAACAAUUACAACAAUUGGUGAAACAAUUUCAACAACUGGUGAAACAAAUACAAAAACUACUGAAUCAAUUACAACAACUGGAGAAACAAUUACAACAACUAGUGAAACAAAUGCAACAACUAGUGAGACAAAUGCAACAACACCAAAUGCAGUAUAUUCAAGUUCAUUCAUUACUUUAAUAACAACACCAACCACCUCAGAGACAACUGAAGACUUAACAACGAUAGCUGAUGAUAUAAAUCAGACACUUGCACAAGCUAGUACAGCAACAACUAAUGAUAAAAGUACUUACUCGACAGAUAGACAACUUUCUACAACAAAUGAUGAUUUAACAACAUUAUCAACAACAAUAAAACAGGAAAUUAUCACUCUCAAACAAAACGUUGUUGAAAAAUAUGUUCGAGCUAAGAAAAUAGAAUUUGAGCCUUCGGAAUCACCCGUUGC